AUGGGGGCGUGCCCCGGACAGCCGUGCUUUGGCGCUCAAUUAAAACGGAACCAAAGUCAAAAGUCAGCGAGAGACAUGGGAAACCCACGGAGUCCUAGCUGCGAUGGAUUAACACAUCUCCGGGGGCAACAUCUCUGCCGGCGACAACCCUCAUGGCAAGGUCUUUUGCUCGCAGGCUGGCCUGUCAUAUAA